AUGGGUUCGUCUAUAUCUAAAGGCAGGAAAUACAGUCCCACGAAAUCAGUUACUCGCAAAAAUCCUAAUCCUUUUUUAGAGCAAGCUACAUUCAGUUGCAGUGAUUCAACCGUGCCAAGAAGCGAAAUCAUCGAAGAAAUCGUGUGCCAAGAAAAUGAAAUCGAGGAAAAUGGAAUGAAAGUAGUUGAUGUAGGUGGAGAAGAUGGAGGAAAAGUAUUGCUCGUAAAACAAAAUGGAAAAAUAUCAGCUUUGGGUACUAAAUGUACUCACUACGGUGCUCCCCUCGUUAAUGGAGUUUUGGGUGAUGGACGAGUAAGAUGUCAGUGGCACGGAGCCUGUUUCAAUAUUGCCAACGGGGACAUUGAGGACUUUCCUGGCCUAGAUAGUUUACCGUGUUAUGAAGUCGAAGUGAGCGAAGAAGGUAACGUGAAGGUCCGAGCCGACAAACAAUUACUUCAGGCUAAUAAACGUGUUAAACCGUUUGUAAGGACGCUCAAAGCUAAAACUUUAACGUUUAUGGUUGCCGGAGGAGGGGCAGCGGGUGCUAAUUGUGUCGAAACACUCCGGCAGGAAGGUUUCGAAGGAAGAAUCAUUUUUGUCAUCGGUGAAAAUUAUUUGCCCUACGACAGAAUCAAAAUAAGUAAAUCUUUGGACGUCGACGCGGAAAAAAUUCUUUUACGUUCGGCCGAAUUUUAUCGCGAACGUAACAUUGAGCUUAUGAUGAACACUCAAUUGACGGAAUUGAAUCCGAGGGGAAAGUUGGCCACACUGAGCAACGGUCAACAAAUACAAUAUGAUAAAAUAUUUUUAGCGACGGGUUCGACACCGAGAAAACUCUGCACGACCGGUAGCCAUUUAAAAAAUAUUUUCGUCAUAAGAACCAUCGACGAUGGAAAAGAAAUAAUGAAAGUUUUAACGAAAGAUUCCAAAGUUGUAAUUUUAGGAACGUCUUUUAUAGGUAUGGAAGCUGCAGCUUUUUGUUCGGGCAAAGCGAAAUCAGUUGUUGUUGUAGGAAGAAAUAAACCUUUUAAGAUGUCUUUGGGUGAAGUUAUCGGCGACAGAGUCAUGAGAUUGUUUGAGGAUAACAAAGUGACCUUCCGAUUGAAUCAAACCAUUGAAAAGUUUGAGGGAGAAAAUGGAACGUUAACGGGUAUCGAAUUGAGCGAUGGUUCCAAGUUAGAAUGCGAUAUUUGUAUCAUCGGAAUAGGUGUCACAUCCAAUACCGAUUAUUUAAAACCUGAAACUAUGAAACUUGGAAAAAAUAACGCGAUCGAUGUGAACGAGUAUUUGCAAUCGCAAUAUUCUGACGUUUAUGCUGGUGGUGAUAUUGCAAUAGCUCCCGUAUUAGGGCAAAAAGCAAAUAUAGGCCACUGGGGACUUGCUAAUUAUCACGGUCACAUAGCCGCAUUAAACAUGUUGGAGAAAAAAAAACCGUUGAAUGCGGUUCCCUUUUUCUGGACGAUGUUAUACGGAAAAGGUUUUCGUUAUGCAGGAUACGCAAGUAGUUACGACGAUGUAGUAAUCGAUGGAAAUGUCGAAGAUUUUAAAUUUAUUGCAUUUUAUUGUUCGGGAAAUAAUGUCCUUGCAGUGACUACAAUAGGUCGCGAUCCACUAGCCGCAAAAUUUGCCGAAAUGCUAUACGAAGGGAAAAAACUUUCCAAAAAUAAAAUUCAAAAUUGGCUUAAAUAA